GUCAACUUUCAAGAGUCAAGAGUGAAGAGUGACAUGAAUGAAGAAUUUCAAAGGAAACUUCAAUCUCAUUGACUGACUGGCCUCUGACCUACAUACCACCUAUACUCCGAAUCGAAUCCUCAAUCAUGGCCUUCUUCGAAAAUGGACACAACCAUCUCAGGGGCAUCCUCAUGGACUUCAAACACAACAACGAACUCACUGCUACUUAUAUUCAGCUGGACCUCACCAAAGAUACAGUCGAGGGUCAAACUCAAGAACGUACCACAACUCGAGUUCGGUUUGCUGGACCCUGGGUUAAAUAUCUGUCAGAGGACUUAGAGAUCGCCUGGGAAAUCUGCCUUGACUUGAAUCGCUUCGAUCCUAUCUGGAACCAGUUUGAGGAUCGGUGGGAGUUCAAUCACGGCCUUCAAGCUGUUAUCCUGCUGCAAGACGUAGAUGAAGUUUCUUGGUACAUGAAAACGAUCGAGCUGGGUGCUACUACCUGCCGGCCGCUGAGGCUUCCCCCAUUUGCAGCCUCUUCAGCUUCUCAGACGCAUCGAUCGACUCCCUUGCGAAACGCAUCCCGUCACCUCUCUUCGAUCAAGCGUUCGCCAAGUAUGGACACCAAGUUCUCUCUAGGGGAAGCUUCCGAGACCAUACGCACGCGUCUGGACAGUGCCGAUCCUAGAAUUCGUUCCGCCCAUGCGGAUCGACUAACAACUCCUUCCCGCCAAGGGUCAGUAUUGCAUGAAAGAGCCACACCAUCCACGUCGCACAAACCAGACAUAUCAUCUUAUUGCACCGAUUGGAACUCACCAACCCAACAGUCGACGGAUGUUAUCCCAUUAGCUCAGCCCUCUGUACAUAGAUUGGUACAGUCAACACAAGCUCCAGGGGUACCUGAUUUCGUCAAUUUACAAGAUGUGGAGGACUCGACACAGGCUGGAACCUUCACUUUCAAUGUUUACGGUCUCAUUACACGCAAGAAGAACAAUGUAUGCCAGCGUGUAAGAGGUGGGACACAAGACCUACAGAUGACACUUUAUCUUCAAGAUAAUUCAAGAUCUCAGUCUUCACCGGAGGUGACUUGUAAUUUAUUCUGGAGAACCGAAGAAGCGUGCCCUAAUUGGGAAAAAGCUAAUUGGCAAGUGCUAUUCCUCUGGGGAGUUCAUAAACGUUACUCUCCCCGAUUCAAUACCCAAAUAGUUGGACAGUCGGAUAAGUUCGGGUGGGCGUUAUGGGCACCACCUGGCUUCGGUUCAGCCGAGAUGCUUGAUAUGUGUAAAGUGGGUAGUAGUGCGGUGCCCCCUUGCUUCCUGAAUUUCGAAGGUUCGCGAAUACUCCAACGCUUAGCUGAGAGCUUACACGGAAGCCUCAAUCGUCUCACAACUCCAGGACUCGCAAAUCCAUCGGACACUGAUGUGACAGAACUUUCUAUACCCAAACGGAUAUGUGACUUGCAACCCCGCGAGCCUCAAAAAGUCUCUCUUUGUGUAGAACUGAUCGAUUUGUGGCAUGACCCACCUGCGAAUGACCGAGUGACGGUGACAGAUUACACCAGCAAUAUACAUAUUGUUCCAUCUGAUUUCCGCGUUGAAUACGAUCCUGGUGCACAGCCCUGGUCACGUCAUCAUAUCGAUGGUGGUGGCACCCCCGAAAACUGGCCGGUUACAGGUCAAAGGCAAUUUACGAUUUACCUCUGCCAACCAAUUCUGGAACAAUUCUACCGGCAUAUACGUGGGGACUUGGCUUCUGAUAGAGCGGGUGUCCAUGAGCUAAGAGAGUCCCUUUUGGGGUUAUAUGUCAGAUUGGAUCAUGUAGUAAUCAGGGCUGCAUCCAAAGGUGGAUUUUAUGGACUGAUCGAAACCGUCCAAUCGCAAAAUCGAUAUGAGGAUGAAGCGAUCUUAGAUGACGAGCAGGGAGAUCGACAAAUUUGGAGAAAAUACAUCACUCUCUUAGCCGAGACACCGACUGAAUCUCCUGAAUUACAGCCUCUAUUCCAGGCGCGGAACCAGUGGGCUAAAGAGUUGGAUCCGGGGUCAUAGACUUGCCGAGAUGCGAGCGGCAAUUCAGUAGGUUACGAAACAAUCAUCUCGGUCACAAUUAACAAGAUCGCGUGUCCUUUAGCUUCCCUUUCGAAAAUAAAUAAAUAAGCAAGACCUGUGAAUAGUGUAGAUUACAGACUGAAGAUGACUAUUGCAUAUGAUUUUUGAGAAUCCUAUUGUUUUAUCGCUGGAUGUGUUCCUGUAUGCAAUUAUGUUUCGUUUGACUCAAGAGCAACAUUUCCCUAUCC